AAAUAUUUCAAAGUCCAGACUACAGAGACUGAAUUGCGCACCACAUUUCUGGUGUUUCAAACGGAAAAGUGGUAACGACACAAUUCAAGAUGGCGUCCCUCAUCACAAAACAGCUAUUUCUUGUCAUCGUGAUGACCUGUCUGUUAGAAUGUUUCCUCUGUGCCGACUGCCCCCAGAGUUGCUCUUGUGUCUCCUCUCCCCCCUAUUUCACCGUCACAUGUAACAGUCCAAACCUCACGAGCGUCCCUAGCGGAGUUCCCAGGAACUGCACCGGCUUUGUCAUCAGGGGAACUAAAGUCUCUGCCCUUAGAAACGGAGACUUAGCAGGACUGCCCAACCUGAACACGAUCUAUUUCGACAACAACCAAAUUUUUACCGUUGAAGUUGAUGCAUUCGUUCCCAGUCUGACUUAUAUCGAAAUGGUGCAGAACGAAAUAUCUGCUUUACCGGCAGGUGUUUUUGGUCGUCUGAAGAAACUGACCAGUCUCGAUAUGCGAUGGAACAGGAUAAAAUCGAUUCCAAAAGGUUGUAUUAAGGAUCUUCCUCUGUUACAGGUUGUCUACUUGGAGGGGAACGGGCUUGAGAGUAUUGAGGUGGGGGCGUUUUCAAAUACGAGCAAGCUGACUGUGAUCAGCCUUGAAGACAACAGUAUCACUGAAAUUCGCAAGGGGGCGUUUCUUGGGCCACAGGCGAAAAUGGCAAACGUGGGGCUGGCAAGAAAUGCCAUAUCCCACAUUGAUGAAGGGGCAUUUGCAGUCUUCGGAAAUCUUGGCGGUCUAGGCUUGGCGAACAACAGCUUGAAAUCGGUAGAGGGCGCUUUUAGUGGUUUAAAAGCAGUGGGGGGUCUCGAUCUGAGUUAUAACAAAUUACAAUCCUUGUCAGACGCUGCUUUCUCCGGAAUAACAGAAAUGUCCACGCUGAAUUUGGCUUUCAAUGAAAUUGAAGUGAUCUUCGGCAAAACGUUCGCGAGUCUCUCCACUCUCACAGUGCUGGGUCUUCAGAGCAACAAGCUCGCAAGUUUUGACGUUGUGCUUCCGAACACUCUGACUACACUGGAGCUUCAAAAUAACCUGCUCACUUCAUUUCCAAACCUUCCUACGAGUCUGACAUAUUUGGAUAUUUCCUCCAACCCUAUCGAAUUCAUGGCAGACAAACAGUUUGCAAAGUUAGGCAGCCUUACGACCUUGUGCCUUUCCAAUAUCAGAUACUUCAGACAGAAGGGUACUAUCGACGCUGGGAUCUUACAAGGUUUAAGUCAGCUUACCACACUGAAACUAGCUUCCAACAACCUGACUCAGGUACCGUCCUCGGCGUUACAACACUUCCCACAGAUGUCAGAAACACUGGACCUCUCCGACAACCAGAUCACUUCCCUACAUCCCGGAGACUUCACUAACCUGUCCAAUCUCUACAUUCUGAUCUUGAAAGGAAACAACAUAACCUCCGUAUCGCCUGACGCCCUCAAGCCUUUAAAAGGACUCUUUUCUCUCGAUCUUUCCCAUAACCCGAUAGUUUACCUUGGCCCCGAUCUCUUCAAAUGGCAAAGUCAGAGCAUGUACGAAGUUAAGCUGGAAGGUACAAAACUACGGCUGAUCGACGGGGACAUCUUUAAUUCUUCAACUGGGAUGAAGUCGUUAUUUUUUGAAAAUAACGACAUGCGCUACCUGCCAUGGAACGUCUUCAAUCCACUGACGUAUUACGGUGAGACACUUUCCUUCAUUUUUAGAGACCUGUCUCCCGUAGGUGACCCACAGGAGGCUCUAGACCUGGAGUCGAACCCGUGGCUGUGUGACUGUCAGAUGUACGAGUACGCGCGCUGGCAGAACUCCACACAGGGCAUCGUGGCCGCGUCACUGACAUGUCAGGAUCCACCCGAGCUACGGAACAAGACACUGCGCGAGAUACCGCUGGAACAGUUCAAGUGUAUCUGUUCACACUUCUCCACGCCAAGCAUCGACACGACCGGAAGUGACGCCAACGCCACAUCCGGCCAGGGCGCUGUUCUGAAGUGUAACGUCACGGCCUGUCCCGAGGCUGUGAUCCUGUGGUCCACCCCCAGGGGGAUAACUCUCGCCAAUAACUCACCACAUCCCGGCCUGGAAGUUCUGGACGAUGGGUCGCUCGUGAUCGUGGAGACCGUCCCGGCCGACACGGGCACAUACUCCUGCAUGGCCGCCAACUACCUGGGCCAGACCACGGCGUAUCUCCGACUGGAGGUCAUCCCAAGCUCCCGGCUUCCCUAAGGAUAUGUUGAUAACACUACUGAUAACUCUAUGUAGAGAAUGUGUGUUAAGACGAGAUAUAUAAGGUAGUAGGCUAGUAGCCUGACUACCUCACGUUUCUCACAGCCCUUCCACUUGCUACGUCCCUACGAAUGGUGCAUAUAUGUACUAACAUUGACCAAUUGUUGUCAAAAUGAGAACUGACUGUUACAGUAGUGUUGGAGGCAGUGAUGUUUCCAUAAUUGUUCUCGGUGGGUUAGAGUUGUAUGUCCACAAUCUCUCUUGUGUGCUGUGGGUCCCAGUAAGUACGACAGCGAGAGAUUGCCUAACACAGGCAAUCGAAACGUAGCUCAGUUUAACGCUCGUUUACAGACAAAUCAGUCAAAGAAAUUGAAAUUAUGUUAUACAAUGUCAACUAUUUGUGAGUAUUUUGCAGUUUAUGAUCCAUUUUCAACAGAUACUGCGAAGUUUUGCAGUCGAUGAAACGUCAGCUACUCGUCAAGUGUUUGUGAACUCAGGGACGAUUUAACAGGUGGUGAUCUAUGGUAGAAACACGACACAGUUGGAGGAUUCCGACGAAAACAAAGAAAUGAGUCAUUUACAGUGUGUUAAACCUAUAUACACAAGUCUGUCAAUAUGCUGCGACGUGAGCUAGGCACUAUACACUUUGUGUACACAUCGGAAUGUCAGUACAUCAUGUAAAUGGUGAAGUCAUUUGCAUCAAUGAUGAUGAAAGAUAAAUUGGAAUUCUGCCAAGUUAUACAAUAGUCCUUUUACUUUCUUCCUUUUCUUCUUCUUCUUCUUCCUUUCACACACAAAAUAAAUGUGUACGU